GACAAACUUAAAACUGCUUAAAACUAGAAGAAGGAACUUACUGACAGACUGAAAAAGUACGGAUAAUAGCAUCAUCUCCUCAUAAUAGCAAGCUAAGAAAACAAAAUUCAAAUCGAGCAAAUUUUUUAUAUUGAAGUGAACUUGUAUUGUAAAUUUAAUUAAAUUACUCAACGAAACGAUUGAAUUUUUUACUAUAGUAUAGUUAAACCUCGAGAAUUUAUCGUGUACUAGCCGUAAAUUGUUAAGUGAUAAAGACAUUUCGUAGUUAAGAUAAGAAAAAAUAACAUUUAGUGAAUAAACUUGAUCGCAACUAGCAAAAAAAUAAAAUAAAAUUCUGGAAGUUAUAAAAUUGUUAAUGAAAGUUGAUUAAUUAUUUUAUCAGUAUUAUUUGUUUGUAUAACGUUUAAACUUAUCAAAAUGAAUCUGGAUGCUGAGUAUGGAGAAUAUCGUGAAUAUAUAGAGGAAUUUGCAAAAACAAUUGAUCCCCAUGAUCAAUUGCCUCUGCGAGUCUCCGGUUAUUGUCUUCGGGAUUAUGAGAUACAUGGAGAAAUUAUCGAAUGGCUGUUGAUCUAUUUAGGAAGAUCUUGUCCAACUACAUUACGAAUAUAUUUGAUACAGACAGCCUUGAAGAAAAUCCUUGAGAAAGUUCAAGAUGCACCCGAAGAUUGUGGAUAUGAUAGUAAAAGAGACAUAUAUCAGCCCCUUAAACUCGUUAGAGUUGUUGUUGCCGUAGUUAAUAGUCUUAUAUUUGAUUUACAAGAUAAUGCUAAGCUAUAUGAAGUUCCUUUGCCGCCCACAUCCCCAAAUGCCUCUGAAUUAACGAAAUUAAAGCAACCCCCAAAAAUAUCUGUUGAUGCAAUUAAAAAUACACGCAGAACAAUGGAGGAUAAGCAUGUUAUUAUUGACGAUUUUAAUGGAUAUUUUAACACUCAGGAUACUGAACCCACAUUUUACUAUGGAAUUUUUGACGGACAUUCAGGCAGUGAUGCCGCGACUUAUGCAAAUUCACAUUUAAACUAUAAUAUUUCUGUUCAUCCAAGCUAUCCAUCAGACAUUAAAAAAGCAAUGAGCGCUGCUUUUUUAGUCACCGAUAUAGAGUUUCUUAAAAAGGCUAAUGCCGAGAAUUUAAAUUCUGGUACGACCGCAUUGUGUGCAAUUUAUAGGAAAAUACAAAAAAAACUUUACAUUGGAUGGUGUGGCGAUUCGCAAGCCUUAAUUGCUCGAUUAGGCAAUGUUCAUCAGAUCGUUCGAAAGCAUUCACCAGAAGAUGCACAAGAAAGAAAACGAAUUGAGGAUUUGGGUGGUGUUGUUCUUUAUUGGAGCAAUUCAUAUCGUGUUAAUGGCUCACUGGCUGUCUCAAGAGCAAUUGGUGAUGCUAUGCAUAAACCGUUCGUAAGUGCUGAGCCAGAAAUUGCUGUCCUUGACUUGGACGGCGAAGAAGAUUUCUUUGUUAUGGGAUGCGACGGUUUAUGGGAUUCUUUAACUGAAGAUGACAUUGCACUGACUGUUUAUAAGCGUCUCAAGGAAAAUCCAAACAGUUACAGUACUAUUGCAUCAGAAUUGUGUUCACUUGCCAAAUCAGAGGGAUCACGAGACAAUAUAUCAGUUAUUGUUGUCUACUUAAAAGAACCCGAACUUAUAGCAACUCAAAGCUGGCCAUCAGAAAUAGCACAGAAUAAAGAAAUAAUGGCGGACAUAUUCAACCCAGAACCACAACCACCAAAAGAAACUCUUGGAAAUUCGGAUAUCAUGAAUAAUCCUUUUGGUGAAGACAUCUUCAUGGGUAAAAGCACAGAAAUUACUGAUCUAGUUAUGCAUCCGAAUCAAUUCGAGAACACAAUGACAAAUGAUCUCAACACCAUUAACAAUAACUUGAUCAAUAAUGGAACACAUGAUGAAGAUAAUUUCAUGCAAGUCGAAAAUACACAAAGCUUCCAACCGCAGACAGAAUGCAACAAUCCGUUUACAUUGAAUGAUGAUAACAAUAACAGUAAUAAUAAUUUUAAUAAUUCAGACCUGGGACCAGAAACGAAUGUCGAUCCAGAUGAUGACUUAUCUCAAAAUGAGGAAAUAGGUGAAGCCGCUGGCGGUGAAAAAGAAAAGAUUCAAACAGAACCUAAGGAAACUGAUGAUAUUUUUGAUCAAGUGCCAAUUAGCUGCACUGGUAUCGAUGAUUUUACUGGUACAUGUGAAGAUUUUACUGGUGCAUGUGAGAAUGAUCCACAUCAAGAUGAGCCAACAGAUAAAAUUGAUACUUCUGAACAAGCUGAAAAAGAAUCGAUGGAAAGCCAUCAACAUAUUGAACAGCAAGAUUCAACUGAUGCAGGCUUGGAUGAAAGGAAACUGAUUAAAAGCAACAAUGAACAAAUCGAACAAAUUAUGGUUGCAAUGAACGAGUGCACAUCAUGUGAAAAUGAUGAUGAAGAUUUAACAUGUGAGGAACAAUUCGAAAAGCUCCAACAGCUCCAACAACAAUAUAUUCAACUUCCACUUGAAAACAUCACUGAAAAUGACCAGCUCGAGUCAGAAGAAGUUGAUCGUGAUGAAUCUAUGCAAUCACCUUUUGAAGAUGAAUCGAUUUGUGCCAAUGAAGUAAACGAGGAAGUUGCCAUUCAACAACAAGAACAACCAUUAAUGACAGACCUUGAAACAAUUGAAACUGCGCAAGAAGUAGUAGAAAGUGACAGCUCAGACGACGAGUGGAAUUACCGAAAAGUCGAGGAUAACAAAGAAGUUGAUUCUAUACAAACCGUAGAGGAACAUACUGAAUUUUCGCAACAAGAACAAGAAUUCGUUGAGUCAUCGAUUGUUGAACAAGAAGAGAAAUUAGUCGAGGACGAAGAAAAAACUGCUCCGAUUGAAGUUACCGACCAUAUCGAACAGCUAGAAGAAAAUCUGGCUGAGAGUGAUAAUAAGUAUAUUGAGGAACAACAACAAGUUGAAAAAGAAGUAGAAGUAGAGCAGAAUCAACAAGAAAUUGUUGAAGAAAUUUGUAAGCAAGAGUUUGUUCAAGAUCAAGAGCAGUUGGUUGAGUCAUCGAUUGAAAUUGAGACUGAUAAGGACAUUUUAGAAGCAAAGAUUGAGCCUGUCGAAGAAGAAAGGCACGUUUUGGACGAUAUUGAGAAAGACUUGCAACUUGAAGUGGACAGUGAGGAUACUAAUGAUAUGGAUUCUCAACUAAAUCCGGAAGCAAAAGAAUUCGUUCCAUUGUCACCAGUAAGGAAUGAGUUUUCAUCACCGCCUCCUGAAAAUAUCCGAAGUCCAUUUAUUAAUCAGAUUUUAAGUGGGCUUGGCGACGCAGUUGUGUCUCAAUCACCAAGAAAAUGCGAUAUUCCAGUCAUGGAAGAUGUUCAAAUUCCCGAAGAAAAUGUCUUUGACCAAGAAGCUGACGAACGUGCGCACGAAAUCAAUUUAAUGGGUGAUAAUUUCCAACGUAUUGAAUCGCCUCAAGAAGAAUUGAAUUUGAAAGAGGCAAUGCAAACCGAUGAUAAGCUUGAACAAGGCUAUAAAGAUGAUUCACAAGUUUUCUUUGAAGAAGAAAAGAUUCCAACUGGCGACGAAUAUAAAGAAUUGGAAUCAUCAUUCGAUCAAUACAGCAAUGGUUUCCAAAGUAAAAUUGAUGAUGCUAUGAAUCGUUCAUUCUACGAAGGUCGUGACAAUGACAUUCUCGCUGAUCCAGCUAAGAGUAUUUUAAAUACAACACAACCGUUAUCGGAUGACGAGGAUUCUCAAGCUAAUAAAAAACAAGAAAAAGAAGAAAUUGUCAUAGAAAAUAAUAUCGUAGAGCAAGAACAACCAAACCAAGUUGUAGAUGAAGAAAUUGAUUUCUUGGGCAGCAGUCUUGAACCAGUGAAGGAACAAAUAAAUAUAGUCGAUCAAUUCGAGACAUUAUUAAUGGAAAAGGAACCUAUUUCACAAAUGGAAUCAUCCGAUAACUUUGAAGCUGAAAAGUUUGUUGAAGAGAUUAAAGGCAUUAAUGAGAAUUUCAAUAAAUACGUUGAUACAGAAUUAUCACCAACAAUUCCAGAAGCUGUUUCGAAUGUGAUUCAAACUGUUGAAGAGACAAUCUUUGCUACACAUACAUCAAUGAAGCCAAUUGAAGAAACUAUUCUCGAUACAUUUAUUACUGAAACAUCACAAGUAUCAAAUUUAGAAUUCAUUACAGAACAUAAACAAUUUAUUGAUGAGGAAUUGGAAAUUCAACAAGAAGUUCAGCAAGAUAUUCAACCAGAAAUUGAGAUCAAAGAAAACAUUCCUGAAGUGAUCGAACAAGUCCAACAAGAAGAAUUAAUUCCAACAAUGGAAGCACCAGCUCAUGAAGUCAGUCCACCACCAGUCGAAUCGCCUGUCCAAGAGCCUAUUGUUGAAGAAAAGCCACUUGAAAUUGUCUCAGAAACAAUUCAAGAGCCAGAAAAAGUCGUUGAACAACCACAAGAAGAUGCCAAAAUUGAAUCGAAAGUUGAAGAGAUUGUUGCUGCUGCCUCUGUCGGAAUCGCCGCAGCUGCUAUUGGAACCGCUGCAAUUGUUUCAAAGAAACCAUCAACAAAUUCCAUUAAAAAACCAGAUGCAAAGAAAGUAACUGAUAUUAAAGCUAAAAUUCCUUCAAAACCCGCUGAAAUCAAGAAAACAACAGAUCUUAAACCAAAAACGGCUACCACAAAGCCAAGUCCAACGACUGCAAAACCACCAAUAAGCAAACCUGCUCCUGCAAGACCAACAUCGUCUCUUACUGCCGCAGCUCGACCAAAAUCAGCAUCAACACUUCCUCCAGUCGCUAAAAAACUAACGCCAACAUCUACAUCUACUCCAAAACCAAUGGAAGCUAAACCAAAAGCAGAUGCCCCAAAACCGGCUCGACCAGCAUCUACAUUAACUAAACGACCAACGACUUCGAGUGCAUCGGCAACAAAGCCAGCACCAGCAAAACCAAUAACAGAAGUUAAACCAAAAGUAAAUGGAACAACUGAGCGAAAGCCUUUAUCGUCGGCUCUAACAACAAGAGCCCCAAUAAAACCAACAAGUUUAACAGUGAAAUCUGCUUCCGCUACAACUGCAAAAUCGCCGUCAGCUACACGACCAGCGGCUAGACUUUCAUUAUCGUCCGUUGAAAAAUCAGCAAGCUCUCCAUUAAAAGAAAAAUCUUUAAACAAGUCAUUAUCGGGACCAGCAACCGCAAAAUCUCCAAGACCAAUUACCAGUACUUCCACAACAAAGACAGCAGUAAAGACAGAUCUAAAAUCUCCAUCGGCUCCAAGACCAGCCGUUGGUGUAGUAGGAAUAAAGAAACCAUUGACAACAGUCAAGAAAGUAUCUCCUACAACAGAAAAGACAUCCACAAUUACGUCUAUAACAAAAAAACCAGCGGCAAAACCGUCAUCAACAGCUGUGAAGAAGACAACAACAACUACAACAACGGUCAUAAAGAAAAAGGUUGUUAAUGGAGAUAUUGUAGAAGAAACAAAGAAUACAACAACAACAGAAUCGGCUGAAGAUGUUCCAGCACUUAAUGGACAUCAUAUGAAUGGAAAUGCUGAAAAUGGCGUUAGUCAUGAGAAUGAGCAACAGGCAAUUAUUGAGCCUUCAGCAAAUUAAGCAUCCCUCAAGAAUUUCGAAUAUAUUUAAUAUAUGCACGCACAUUACACAACACAUACAUACACACGCGCGGUUUUUUUUGAAUGAGAAAAAGAAUAAUAAUAAUAAUAGGAACUGGAUCCUUGAAAUGAAUUGCCCCAAAAAGUUUAUUUUUAUUAUUUAUAUUUGUCAUCAUCAUCGAGAGAGAAAAUAAGGAAAGAAAGUAACGAUUGCGCAUGCAAAAAAAAAGAAUAAAAUCACAGCAAAUCUCUUUUGAUUUAAAACUUAUUGAAAUUAAGAUGUAGAUUUGAUAAGAGUUGGGAAUGUUACAACAUGAAAUUCUCAAUUUAAAUCGACAUUCCGUAGAUGGAAUGAAAAAAAAAAUUGUUUCCUUAAAACUUGUCUGUCAAGCAAUUCAUUUCCUGAAUAUUCCAAUAACGAGAGACAAAUCAAAAAGGAUUCAGUUCAACGAAAAACGAAUCAAAAAAAAAUUCAAUAAUAAUUUUAGUACUUUGAAAAUCUCGUUUUUUUGAUUAUAAAUAUCUUUUAUUUUGUUAGAUUGACAUGAGCGAUACAAAGUUUUAACAAUGUUGCGUGACAAUCACACAUGUUGCGCCACAUAAAAUGAUCGAAUACUAUUUUAUAAUAUGCAAUUUGAAGAUUACAAGGACUAGUGACAUUUUUUUAUUAAAUUGUGAUUGAAUUAGUGACAAAAAGAAAAAAGCUUUGUGUCGCUCAUGUGCUUAAAACUUACUACUUUAAAUAAUUUUGUUUUUAAAAUGUCUGUAAAGAAGCAAAACAUUAUGUUUAAAAAUUUAAUUCAGUUUUUUUAUAAUUAUACGAAACACAACAAAAACAAAGUUCUUUUAAUUCUUUUUUUUACUCAACACAAAAAUUAUCGAUCUUAUUCUCUAUAUUCUGAUUCAUCAAUGUUUUCUUGUGUCGCAUGAAAUCUUCCCUUCCCCC